AUGAAUAAUGUAACAAUUCUACGCCUAGCCUAUCCCGGUUUAAUUAUUACCUUACAACAAUACGUUAUCAUUAUAGAAUCAUGCUCUUUUGUAUGGACAAUAUUGUCUGUAUGGGGCAUUGUCUCUAACAUAGUUAACAUUAAAACAUUCAUUAUUAUGGGGAUUGGUGAUGGUGUUACAGUGUCUUUACUGGCUCUUUCAAUAUUUGAUCUGCUGUAUGUCACAGCAUCACUGUGCCUUGGGGUGGCUAUUAUAUUUUACAUUGCCGAGAUAAAAUACGGGAUGGUGUUUGGAAUUGAACCGUACGGGGUCUCUAUGUUCUUUGGUAAUAUAAUGAUAUUAAUCAGCAUAGCCAAUGUCCUUUCUACCACCUUUAUAACUGUUGCUCGCUGUAUGUGCGUAGCCAGACCACUGCAGUUCAGAAAUACCUUCACAAGAAACCGGACAAUCAGCUGGUGUGUAGUUUUUGUAGUGUUUACAAUAGCUGUAUAUUCGCCAAUUUUAACCCACAUGGGCAUGGUUACAAGAUUUGAUAUCAAAAGAAAUAUAUCUAGACCCAGCUUUUGGAUAUCACCAAACAGAGAGUUCGUGAAAGCUAUCGUCUGGGUGGUUACAGACAUGUUUUUACCCUUCGCCACACAAAUCAUUGUUAUUUUAUCAGUUAUUGUAAUGGCAAACUGUCUUCGAGUGGCUUCAGAGUUCAGACAUUUUGCAAACGCUGACGUUGUCCGUCGAACAGACGUUAGGAUCACAGACAACGAAACAGAGACACGAGAACAAUAUGAGAUCGUCUCUGGAAAUCAUAGGCUGACAGGGAAAGAACUUCGCGUAGUCCAACAAGUCAUUCUAAUAGCUGUGGUAUAUAUUGUAUGCAACACGCCUAAAAUCUUGAUUAGUAUAACAGCAAUGAUUGAACCACAGUUCGCAAUUGGAAGUCGGUACAACAACCUUUAUCUGAGCGUGAACUGUCUAAGGAAACACUGCGAAAUCAUUAAUGCAUCCGUUAACACGUUUAUAUACUAUGCGUAUAACACGAAGUUUAGAAAAACUGUGAACCUUGCAAUUCAAUGCAGCGAAGACAACGUUUUGUAA